UCCCCGGACCAGUUUGUGUAGUCAUCUUCUACAGAGUUAAAAGAAACCUUUCGCAUUAGUGGUUUGAAAUAGAUUGACAACUGCAGUGUUUUUAUCCCAGUAUUGUGGCCGGGUUAUGGAUCGUAUAUAAUAGUACAGUUUUAUGGUGGGCUGUUCCGUUAUGCUUGGUUGUAAUUUGGAUUAGUAUUGUCAAGAAAGAAAAACGAAAUGUUGCAAGAUAUAACGACGUACAUAGCAGACCCGUUAUACAGAACACAAAUAAGUUUGGUAACAUUUGUGCUGGCAUUGAUUUGUGCCAAGAUUAUAUUGGAUUUAGUUAGAAAGGACAACUUCCCUCCUGGACCAAAUGGCUUGCCUGUUUUAGGUUAUCUACCCUUUUUCGGUACUCACCCGCAUCUCACCUUUAAUAAACUAAGAGGAAAAUAUGGCGACAUCUUUAGUAUCAAAAUGGGCAGUUUCCCAGCCGUUGUAAUCAAUGGCAAGACGUUAAUUAAAGAGGCUUUGGUUACUAGAGGAGAUGAUUUUUCAGGCAGGCCAAAUUUCUACUUCGCCUCUCUAUUUGGAGAACAUACGCUAAGUUUUGGACGUUUUUCAGAGAGUAGUAUACGGCACAAGAAGAUAGCAUACCACUGCUUGUAUGUCUUUGCAAAUUCCCGAAAAAAUCCCACCGAAGACAUGAUUUACGAGGAAGCAAAGAUAACAGUUUCAGAAUUUAACAAUAUGAACGGGAAACCCUUUUGCCCAACGGAAUUUCUCUAUGUUAGUGUUGGAAGUAUAAUUUUUCAAAUCUGUUUUGGAAAGCAUACAAAUAUUCGAGAAGAAGAUGAAACUUUUAAAACAUUUCUCGUAGGUAACCGUGAAUUUAUACAAUUUGCUGCAUCUGGAAAUCCUGUUGAUGUUAUGCCAUGGUUGAGAUACGUUAUGCCAUGGAAAAUCUCAACUAUGAUCAAACUUGACGAACAAGUUAGGGAAAUCAGAAUUCAGAAAGUUGAAGAAAGUUUGAAGACCUACACACCGUCUAACCCGAGGCAUCUCGCAGAUGGCUUGACUGCUGCCGUUAAAGAAGCCGAAGCUGACCCCUCAUCCGAUUUUACAGCUGAAAGGAUUUACUCGACUUUGGAUGACCUCAUGGGUGCUGGAUUCGAAACAGUAUCGAAUACUUUGAAUUGGGCCCUGCUAUUGCUAACAGCGCACCAAGAAGUUCAACGAAUGGUCCAUGAGGAAAUUGACGAUGUUUUAGGACAACGACAACCAAAGUUGGAAGAUAAAGCGGAAAUGCACUACUGCAUGGCAACUAUUAACGAAAUCCUGCGAUUUUCAAAUAUAGCACCACUUGCCCUGCCCCAUGCAGCUACCAAGGAUACUGAGCUGAACGGUUAUAUUAUUCCAAAAGAUACUGUUAUCCUCCCAAACAUGUACUCAAUCAGCCACGAUGAAAAGCUGUGGGGUGAUCCUUUUAAUUUUAGACCAGAACGAUUCCUUGAUGCUGAAGGAAAGCUGGAUAAUAACACCACAGACAAAUUCACGGCGUUUUCAAUGGGUAGACGUAAAUGUGUUGGCGAGUUUUUGGCACGCAUGGAACUGUUUCUAUUCUUCACAGGAAUAUUUCAGAAUUGUGCUUUUAACAAGCCAGCUCAUAUCAAGGACUAUUCAUUUGAUAGCGUUGUCGGCCUCGUUCUCUCCCCAGUUCCAUAUGAAAUUUGUGCUUCAAUGAGAGAAUAGAUCCAGUUUCAAACAAACUAUGUCAUAUCCUUAAAAUAUGGAGAAUCAUCAUUUUGAUAAAAUAUUAAUGUUAUAAAUUCAGGAAUUUCUAGUAAUAUUGUUGUCUUGUUUGCAGUCAAUAUUAGCAUGAAUUUAGUAGUUUUAAUUUUGUACUUUUGUUUUUUACUACAAAACAUAUGAUUUUGUAAAUCGUGGAUCGCAAUUGUCGUUUGUGAUUGGGGAAAGUGCAGCGGGUAAGUAGUUGGCCUUGCCUUGGACGCAAAACUGGCGACAAUAUGUGUAUAUAAUAUUUACGGUAAUUCCCCUUUGCACAGAUUGAAAUGUGUGAAACGAUCUUGUACAGAGUGCAUGCUAAGUUAGCAUCUUGAAAAGUUUCUUCUAUCACCGCGAAGUGACAUGCUCUUGGUUUGCACAUAAAUUGCACAUGUACUUCGUAUUUGAUGACGUUUUCAUUUGUAAGCCUUGUAUUCUACCGUUUGGCUUCUACACAACUGUAGUGGCUAUGCUAACUUUGGUUUCUUUAGAAACAUUUGGGGGAUAGUAAUUACGCUUUGGGUCUUCUUCUUCUAUUAGUGUUUAGUUUACUAUGCUCAGCGAACGCGUAGGGGUCUUUCCUGCGCGAGGAAAACGGACUACCUGGAGUAAACGUACGAAGUUGGGAGAGAGCCCCUAUCUCCAAGCCACAUACACUCACACCAGGGAUCGAAACCACAACCGCAAGCCAGAGGUGGACGGUCAGCUAGAGUUCCAAGGGCGACAUUCUAGACCCCCCCCCCACCCAUGUAGGCUACCCCCACUACACUUUGGGUAGAGGUUUCUGGUAUAUAUAUGUUUACUUUUGAUAAACAGCAGGGAUGCCCAGAAACUGUUUGGCACCAUGUAUAAUUUAUAUUGCAAAUGCCACGGGAGCCCUUGCAUCAUCAGAGAAAAGGAGGUAUAUUAUGGUCGUUGUGCGUCAAACUCACACAAAUGAAAUUAGUGUGUCAUUGUGGAAGAUAAAUAUGAUCAUUAAAUUAUAAAAUUAGAAAUUAUAAUAUGCUUUAUAUCAAAGUGCCGAAAUGUUUAUGUUCCCAUUCUUAAACUCUACCGUGAUAUGGGGUGGGGGGGGGCGAAUGGUUGUAACAUGAGAUUGUAAGGGGAUAUCAGUUUUGAAAAAGGGAGCCACGGUAGCUCAGUGAAUAGGACGUUGGCUUCACUAACCAUGGAGCAGGUUUCGGGAUAUUGCAGUGUGGUUCUCCUUCUCAGUGUUGCAAGGCAGAGAGCCUAGCACUGGACGACGUAUAGCCGUUCGGAUGGUACGAAAUGUCGAGUUCCCGUGUACCCAUUGGCAUGCACGUAAAACAACCCUCGGUAGUUGGAAUUCGUUAUAAGCGUACGCCGUGGUACCGCUGCCCGGGCACGAUUUCCCUCAUAACACACUAUAUGGUGUAUGCUCGUCUUCUUUAGCCCAGUAGGACGUUAAACCAGCCAAAAUCUUUAGCUUGCUUAGAAACACAAUUCCGCUACAAGGUCCUCCUUUCUAAACAAACUAAUUGCCGGAAAAUUUUCUUUGUCACCUGAAUUUUCUGAAUGAAUCAAUCAUUAACUAAAACAUAUUUUCCACAAAGCUGUGAUGGUUGUUUAUUUUUAACUAAUUACACAAUUAUACAAUUAUAUCUCCAUGAUAUGUGGUCGCAUUCUCCAUUAUCUGAUGUUUGUGUCCGAAAAAAUGAAAUACAUUGCUCGAAAAAUGGACGGUUCACCGAAUCUGGGAGGGUGGGGGUGGAGCAUAUAAGUUCUUCCAAAACAGUAUUUUUACUAAUAUUUAUAUCUGUAAACUUUUAGUUCAGAUUACAUUUCAGGCUAAAUUCCUAACAAAUAUUUGAAUUGAAACAAAGCAUCUAUAAAUCAGCUACUUAUUUAUUUGGGCGACAUUUCGAAUAGUAUUGUCUCAACGUUAUCAAGACCCCGGACCUCCUGAUUAGUUAUCAGUAAUUAGUGAUAUUUUCCAUAAAGGGAGAUAACUCCGCAUGUUCCCUUGUCCAUGAGGUUUUCUGCAUUUUGCUUUUAAUCAAAACCUAACCAAUAGCAUAGUGUUUGCAUAGGAUGAAGGCAUCGGAUGUUUUCGCCAAUAUUUAAUUUUAUGUCAACUUCACAAUUGUUAGUAUAGAUAAAGCAUUUACUUGACAGUUAUCACAAUUUUCAUCUGGCCCUAAAUCGAGUUAUUGCAAACACUUUGCUUGGAACUCUCCGGAUCGGUGUUCCUGGUGUUCCACAAAUGUAUAGUUUGUUUAGUAGGGAGGACCUUGUAGCGGAACUUCGCGCUAGAAAUUUUGGCUGCAGGCUGCCACACUUGGAUUAAUACACAUCUGAUAACGCCACUGGUUUCAAGACUUACCAUUGGAAGCUCUACCCAAUUAAAAAAAUCAAUUCAUUUAUUUAAUCAUCUAUACCGACUAAAAAUCUGGCGCUACAUCCACGCGUGGCGACAAUAUUUAGACCACGAACAAAUAUACUUUUCCCAAAUAUACAUGGGUAUUUCGAUAACUGCGCUAGUAUUUCAACAGAAACGAUUGUCCCCUUUUCGGCAACAGGACACACUUUUCUUCGGAAUUUGACACUGCUACAUCUCCCAGUCUUUAGUUCUCCUAAAAGAAAAUUAAAUGACCAUAAAAUUAAAUAGACAAACCAAGUUAACUUUGUUCUAUGAACUGUCUGGGUUUUCGGGAAUCAAAGUACUAGCAUAUAGUCCCCCAUCAAGAGAGAAGGUGUGUGGGGUGGGGUGGGGUAUAUGAUAUUUUUAUGUGAUAUCUUAUUACCAGAACCAAACCCCCUAUUUUGUGAAAGCUAUUAUGUUCGUGUUUUGAGCCAUGUAUGAUCGUCUAGACGAAGCUCAAGUCGGACUAUAGUGAGAAUUCGGAUAUUCUAUAUGGCGGUAUAAUAGAUUCAAAAUUCAAAAAUGCUUUCGUCUAACUUCUAACUUCUGUUAAUGUAUUUUUUAACUUCUAUUCAUGUAAUUACUAACUUCUAUUCAUGUAACUUUUAAAUUAAGACAAUGUAUAAUCCAACUUCUUUAUUUGUUCAGUGUAAAUUUUAAUUCUAUUUCAUCUUAUUUCUAUUACUUAGACGAAAAACGUCUUCUUCAUUGAUGCUUUAAACGUUUAGCAUCAACAGAGAGAGAGACGGGCUUGAUAAAGACGAGUGUAUCCUCGUCGAAACGUCGCUUAGUAUUAAACUCAAUAAUUGUGUAUCCAUAAAAUUGUACCCUGUGUUAAUAUAGACCGUACAGUAUAUAUAAAUAUUAAUUGGCUCAAGUGUAAAAAAAAAAAAAAAUCAAAUAAAAUUCUCCAAAUCCUG